ACCGAAUGCUAAUUUCGUGGAUUGUUCUUGUGAUCGCACUAAGCUCGUUGACCAUGGAGCCAUCUGCGACCCUUAGGUUCCGAUCACAGAACCUCCUCUCGCCCUUUACACACAUACCCCUCCACCGCCAUUUGAAGCAUCCAUCACCCUUUUCAACUGAGUUCAUCAAAAAGCCCAAGCCCAACACCCCAACCACACUCACGGUGUCAGCGAAGAACAAGACUCCCAUUGAAGGUGUGAGCGACAAGUUGAACGCUAUUGCUUCUUAUAACCUUGACUUUGCUUACUCUCGAAGAAGGGUUCGCGCUGCUUUUGCUGAGGUCCAGCUGCAGCUAGAUCAUUGCUUGUUUAAGAAUGCUCCUGCUGGGAUCAGAACUGAAGAAUGGUACGAAAGGAACUCGAGGGGAUUGGAAAUUUUCUGUAAAAGCUGGAUGCCAAAGCAUGGCAUUCCAAUUAAGGCCACUGUGUGUUUCUGUCAUGGAUAUGGCGACACUUGCACCUUCUUCUUUGAAGGUAUAGCCAGAAGAAUUGCUGCAUCUGGGUAUGGUGUCUUCGCAAUGGACUAUCCAGGUUUUGGUCUUUCAGAAGGAUUGCAUGGUUAUGUACCGAACUUUGAUGAUCUGGUUGAUGAUGUUAUAGAGCAUUAUACAAAAAUUAAAGCAAGGCCUGAUCUGAGAGAGUUACCUCGAUUUAUAUUGGGACAGUCAAUGGGUGGAGCAGUUACUCUUAAAGUUCAUCUGAAGGAGCCAAAUAGUUGGGAUGGAAUGAUACUUGUGGCACCAAUGUGUAAAAUUGCAGAUGACGUGUUACCAUCAGAUGCAGUUAUGAAGGUAUUAACUCUCUUGUCUAAAGUGAUACCAAAAGCAAAACUAUUCCCAAACCAAGAUCUAGCUGAGCUGGCUUUCAGGGAACCAAGCAAAAGAAAAUUGGCUGUUUACAAUGUUAUUUGUUAUGAUGAUCAUCCACGGUUGAGAACUGGCAUGGAACUAUUAAGGGUCACAAAAGAAAUUGAGUCACAAGUACACAAGGUCUCAGCACCACUGUUGAUUCUUCAUGGGGCAGAAGAUAAGGUGACUGAUCCAUUAGUGAGCCAAUUUCUUUAUGAGAAAGCAUCUAGCAAGGAUAAGACAUUGAGGAUCUAUGAAGAUGGUUACCACUGCAUUUUGGAAGGGGAACCUGAUGACAGAAUAUUUGCAGUACACGAUGAUAUUGUCUCGUGGCUUGAUUUUAGGUGUUCUAUUAAGUGAGGUCUAUACAUUGAAUAUUGUUCCUGUGUUCAUGUCCUCUUUCUUAGAGUCAAACAAGAUUUCCAAGACUUUCCAGUUGCUAAAUGUUCUCUCAGGCAUUACUUAUAGCAUUAGGUAAUAAUACUUGAUUAUUGUGAAAAUAAGAACAAUGAAUAUUGACCAUUGAAUCUUAUUUUCGAAUAGUCAAAAGAUUAAAAUAAAAUGUCAAUGACUUUUUUAACUGGUAAUGUAUAACCACUAAU